AUGGGGACCCACCCCGUAAAGGAUUCGGAUCCUACCAUCUUGGUGAAGACUGUGGAGCGGGCGAGCUCAACCGCCAAUUUCUUACCGGCUUAUGGCAAAUACUUCUGCCUGGAAAAUGCUCGAGAACUCUCCCAUGGGUCAAAAACAACAACACCAGAGCAAUAUGAAAAAUUGGCUGAUAUAAUGGCAACCAAACGAGAUAUUGCGCAGGGCUUCCAACAGCGACCGAAGGAAGAAGUGAAGGAGUUUUGGGAGAAAAUUGCAAAUGCCCUAAAUGCACUUGGUCCACGAUCAAAAGACUCCAGUACAUGGAGAAACGUGUGGAUUGACUGGAAGUGCUAUAUAAAACGCAAGCUGUCUGCAAAUAAAAAGGAGAUUAUGAGCACAGGUGGAGGUCAAUGUCGCUUGCAACGUAUAAGCCCACUUGAGGAGRAGGUUAUAGCUUUGACGGGGUUGGAAACUUGUACAAGUGGAAUAAGAUGUGCGCGGGAUUAUGGCGAUAGUGCGCAGGUACAAGACGUUGCCCAAACCUCCGAAAUGRACAUUUCCGCAUGUUCGGAGGAUCGAAAUGAAAUUCCUUCAUGCAGCAGAUUUAGCAGCCAGCGCAGAGAAAGAACUGAUAAGGAGAGCGCUUCUUCCUUACUCAACGAACAAAUUGCUCUCCAGAAACAGUUUUACGAGGACACCAAAAACCAUAAUGAAGCUGCAGUUAGUAAAAUGGAAGAAAUGGUGACAUAUUUACRUCGCAUGAAUCGUUCUUUAGAAUGUAUGGCGGACACCGCAUUGAAGCAACUACAAGAACWGAAACGACACAAUAAAAUUAAGGAAGAAUUGGUAAGGGAAAAAGUGGAAAUAAAGAUGCMGAUGCUAAAGCUAGAUCCAAAUUAUAAAUCAGAUUCGAAGUAA